CCCCCUCCCUUUUAUUACGAAAUCUGGAGUAAGGAGGAACGUGAGGACGGCGUGAGGGAACGGCAGGCGCUGGCGUGCGGCGUUGGGGAGUGCAUCGGCCGGCGGAUGUUGCCAGGCAUGGGCGGCAUGGAGUCCAUCACGGCCUCCGAGGAGGUCGAGCUGAUUCGCAGCGGCCUCGCGGCUGGCUUCGAGGCGGCAGACCGCGAGUUCCUGGCGCUCGCGGGGCAGUACGGCUGGGGCGACGGCGCCACAGCGCUGGUGGCCCUCGUCUGCCACGGCUUCGAGGCCGACCUCGCCGCCGGCACGCCCGGCACCGUCCCGAGCGCGCCCGGCGGGCAGGCGAAGCUCUUCGCGGCCUGGUGCGGCACCGGGCGCAUGCUGCUGCUCCGCGGGCGGCAGGCCAUCAGCUGCUCCCGGGAGCACCUCUGCGCUCGCGAGGACGAGCGCGCGCGCCUGGCGGCCGCCGGUGCGCUGCUCGUGCAGGACCACCGCGGCGCGUGGUGGGCCGGCCGCCCGGACCGGCCGGAGCUCGUGCGGAACCGCCAGCAGGGCUACGAGGACGCCGCGGGCCCCAGGUGCACCACGGCCGCGUCCCGCGGCUUCGGGGACCUGCUGCUGAAGCAGCCGCCGGCUCCCGUGCUCACCGCCAGAGCCCGCGGUCGGCUCGCCCUCGCCGCGAGGGCCCGGGCCGGGGGCGCCCAGGGGCUCCCGAGGUGGGGCGGAGCGCCGUCGCCCUCUGGCCCAGGAGCGUUCCAGCACAGCCCGGACGUGCACGUGGUGGACCUCGUGCCCGAGGACUGGGCCAUCGUGCUGGCGGGGCACUGGCUCACCAGCAGGCUGUCCGAGCAGGAGGUGGCGGACAUCUGCUGGGACGCCAUGGCGGUCCAGGGCGGCGGGCCCGUGGAGGCGGCGCAGGCGCUCACGCGCCACGCGCUGCACCGCGGCGCCGAGGGCAACGCGACGGCGAUCGUGAUGCGGCUGGGCUGGAGACCGACAGCCACUUGCACGGGGUGCGUGCUUGGCAGGGCAGCGGCGGCGCCGGGACUGCCCCAGGAGCUGUGGCGGCAGUACGGCGUGAACGUGCUGCCCGCCCGCGGGCGCAGCAUGGUCCGGGAGGUCGCGCCCCAGCCGGCCACGGCCUUUCGACCCUUCGGCCCGGAGGACGAGCAGAGGCUGCUGGACAUGAGGGGCCAGAGCGUCCCCGCCGAGCGGAACCCGGGAGUCCGCUUCGUGCCCAAUUUCCUAGACCCGGGGGAGGGGCGAGGAGGCCGCGCUCGCCGCGGAGGUGCGGGGCCUGAUCUCCAGGUACGGCUCGGUCAUGGCGGGCUCCACGAGCUACGCGCCGGCGGAGCCGGCUGGCCCGGGGAGCGCCGGGGGGGCGCCGGCGCAGCUGGUGAUGACGCCAGACGGGCCAUAGUGCCCGACCCGAAGGGCACACCGGGGCCGAUGCGGCGGAUUACCGGCCGCACGGAGGAUGAGGCGCGCCAGCACCCGCCACCCUGGGGCUACGGGGCAGAGUUCCGCCCGGAGGCGCUGCCCCUCCACCUCUCCUCCGUCGUGGAGCGCAUACGGUCGCUGGAGGGCUUCCCGCUGGGGCCGCUGCGAGACGUGACCAUCAACUCGCGCACGUCCUCGGUGUGCCGCCUCGACCCGCACAUCGACCCUCUCAAGGACGGGGCGAACUGCUUCAUCCUGACGCUCCUGAGCGGGGCCGUGCUCACGUUCUCGCCCGUGGCCGCGCUGCGGAGCGAGGCGGACCGCGCCACGAACCCGGCAGCCUUCGGCAUGCGCUCCUUCACGGAUCUCAGAAAGAAGACGUGGACGGCAUCCUCCGCCGCCGGUCCCUCGUGCACUUCGCCGGCGACGCCCGGUACCGCUGGGCGCACGCGAUCCGCCCGGGCGUCGCGGUGGAGCUGUCCGAGCAGGACGGCCGCUCUCCAGGACCAGGGCCUGCAUCAGCGACUGGUGGGGCACUCACGCGAACAUCCUGCCGCGCAAGGACCCGGACGCACCGGACGCACUGGGAAAAGCCAAGACGGAGGUGUUUCAUCGUUUUGGGCCCCAGGGGGCUCUCGCUGGUCCCAGGGACGGUAA